AGAUCCGCAGAAGUUACUUAGACAAGUUCAGCUCUAUGAUUCGGACAGUUGGUUCGUCGUGACCAUCUCGUAUUGUCCACCUCUUAGAAAUUGUGACCUGUAGACAUGGCGGAUAAGGAGAAGAAGAAAAAGACUAAGAAGAAGGAGGAGGCGCCAGCACCCGAACCCGAACCAGCGCCAGUUGAAGAGAAAGCACCAACUCCUACAGGCACACCAAAAGACUCUGGUUCUGCCAGAGCAAGCAGCCGCGGCAGUCGCAAGGCUAAACGCAGCGGAUCCAGUGUAUUCUCCAUGUUCUCUCAGAAACAGGUGGCCGAGUUUAAGGAGGCAUUCCAGCUAAUGGACGCGGAUAAGGACGGUAUCAUUGGUAAGAAUGACCUUCGUGCAGCCUUCGACUCUGUCGGUCGAUUGGCGACCGAUAAAGAGAUCGAAGAAAUGCUUAACGAAGCUCCAGCGCCCAUCAACUUCACUCAGUUGUUGAACUUAUUCGCCGUUCGUAUGCCAGGAUCAGGAGCUGACGACGACGAUGUUGUAAUCAAUGCCUUCAAGACAUUCGACGACAACGGCAAAAUCGACGGCGAAAGAUUAAGGCACGCUUUAGUAACGUGGGGCGAUAAAUUCACACCAAAGGAGGUGAAUGAUGCAUUCGAUCAGAUGUACAUCGACGAUAAGGGUUUCAUUGAUACUCCGAGCUUAAUUGCCAUGUUAACCGGCACAGGCGAAGAAGAGGAGGAAUAAGAUCAAUUGAAAUUAUAUUUUUAAAAAAUGUUCCUCGGUUGAAGGCCUCGUAUUAACGUCAAAUUCGCACAAAAUUUGCCUCAAAAGAGAACAGAUAUUUUAUAUUCAAUCCUUCCUCUUUCCUGUUUUCUCUCUUUUUCUUUUUUUUUUUCAUGCUUCAUUCAGUGACAAAAAUAUGACAAGGACGAAGCA